AUGGAUGUAUCUGGAGGCCAGCAACAGUAUGGAGGAUCUAAGAAGAGGGUGAAGAUCCACCCCAACGCCGUCACAGUGAAAUACGCCACCCACUUCCCCCAGCCUGGAGACGAGGGUUACGACGAUGCUCCCUCCUUUGAGGACUUUGGUUCGUUUGCAGAGGCCAGCCCUGCUAAGAGACUGGUGACAGACGGUAGUAGGAGGACCCCCAGGCCGUUAGGGGGAGCGGUGGAGCCCCAGAGCAGGGACAAGGGGGUGGGGGGGCAGCUGGCUAGCUUCGGGGAGGCCAACGUCCUGGCGUCCCGGGUCACCUGGAUGGCGUUGUUCGGGGCAGCAGUGGCUCACGGCUGCGUUGCUCUGAUCACACGGCUGGCAGCAGACCGCUCCAAAGUGCCGUCCCUGGAGCUGAUUUUCAUCCGGUCUGUGAUCCAGGUCCUGUCCAUCGUGGUGGUGUUCUAUAACCAGGAGGCCCCCUUCGGCCCCAAGGGGUACCGCCUCCGCCUCUUCUUCUAUGGUGUCUGCAACGUCAUCUCCAUCACCUGCGCCUACACCGCCUUCGCCAUCGUGCCGCCCAGCAACGGCACCAUCAUGUGGCGCGCCACCACCACGGUGUUCAGCGGCGUGAUGGCCUUCCUGUUGUUAGACGAGCGGCUGGGCUACACAGACGUGGUGACGGUGGUGGGCAGCGUGUUCGGCCUGUGUCUCGUCAUGAUCCCCAACGUGGCCGACGAGGAGAAGUCCCGCCUCACCUUCUGGAAGGAGGCGUUCGGCUACACCAUGACCGUGACGGCUGGCCUCACCGGAGCUCUGUCCAUGAUCGUCUACCGGGCCAUCAAGGAGCGCGUCAGCAUGUGGACAGCCCUGUUCACAUUCGGCUGGACGGGCACGGUGUGGGGCGCCUCCACCAUGUUCGUUAUGCAGGAGCCGAUCAUCCCCCUGGAUGGGGAGACGUGGGGCUACCUCGUGGGGAUCUGUAUCUGUUCCACCGUGGCUUUCCUGGGGGUCUACUACGCCCUCAACAAGUUCCACCCCGCCCUGGUGAGCACCGUGCAGCACCUGGAGAUAGUGGUGGCCAUGUUGCUUCAGCUCAUGGUGCUGCGCACGGUCCCCUCCAUCUACGACGUCAUCGGGGGGCUGGUCAUCAUAGCCAGCGUGUUCACUCUAACGGUAGUGAAGCUGUACAGGGUCAGCCGGGCUAUACGGUAGGACUACCAGGAGAUACUGGACUCACCCAUCAAAUAGAGCCCGGACUCAGAGUAGGAGUUCUGAUU